AUGUCUGACAAGCUUACUCGUAUUGCCAUCAUCAACAGUGAUAAGUGCAAACCGAAGAAAUGUCGUCAAGAGUGCAAGAAGGCUUGCCCCGUGGUCCGCUCGGGCAAGCUUUGCAUUGAAGUCGAUUCCACUUCUAAGAUCGCUUUCAUCUCCGAGCGCCUGUGCAUUGGUUGUGGUAUCUGUCCCAAGAAGUGCCCAUUCGGAGCCAUUCACAUCAUCAACUUGCCCACCAACCUCGAGACCCAAGUCACCCACCGGUACUCAGCCAACAGCUUCAAGCUUCACCGACUUCCCAUGCCCCGUCCCGGUCAGGUCCUCGGUCUGGUUGGAACAAACGGUAUCGGAAAGAGUACCGCGUUGAAGAUUCUCAGUGGCAAACUGAAGCCUAACCUCGGACGUUAUGAUAACCCUCCUGACUGGGAGGAAAUCCUAAAGUACUUCCGUGGUUCCGAAUUGCAGAACUACUUUACCAAAAUUCUGGAAGACAAUUUGAAGGCGGUUGUCAAGCCUCAGUAUGUCGAUCAGAUUCCCCGUGCUGUGAAGGGACCUAUUCAGCAGGUGCAGCAGCUCAUCGAGGCACGCGCCGCGAUGGGUAACGAGGAUGAGAUCAUGGAAGUUCUCGAGCUGAGACAAGUUGCGCAACGUGAUAUCGGUCAUCUUUCUGGUGGUGAGCUUCAACGUUUUGCCAUUGGUCUGGUUUGCGUACAGAAGGCCGACGUGUACAUGUUCGAUGAGCCUUCCUCAUAUCUCGAUGUUAAGCAGCGUCUGGCUGCUGCCCGUACAAUCCGCAGCCUUCUCAGCCCCACUGACUAUGUCAUUGUUGUCGAGCACGAUUUGUCCGUUCUUGAUUAUUUGUCCGACUUUAUUUGCGUGUUGUAUGGUCGUCCUGCUGUUUACGGUGUCGUCACUCUGCCUUCCUCCGUCCGUGAGGGUAUCAACAUCUUCUUGGACGGUCACAUCCCUACCGAGAACCUGCGAUUCCGUGAGGAAUCUCUCUCAUUCCGCCUUACUGAAGCGGGUGAGGAGUUCAUUGCGGACAAGGAUCGUGCCUUCGCCUACCCCUCCAUGGAGAAGACUUUGGGUGACUUCCACCUGAAGGUUGAUGCCGGCAAGUUUACCGAUUCCGAAAUUGUCGUCAUGAUGGGCGAAAACGGAACUGGAAAGACCACUUUCUGUAAGAUGCUUGCUGGUGCAUUGAAGCCUGAUGGCCUUAUCUCCGUCCCCAAGAUGAACAUCAGCAUGAAGCCCCAGAAGAUCACUCCCAAGUUCACGGGUACCGUGCGCCAACUCUUCUUCAAGCGCAUCAAGACUGCUUUCCUGUCUCCUCAGUUCCAGACCGAUGUCUACAAGCCCCUGAAGAUGGAUGAUUUCAUCGACCAGGAAGUUCAGAACCUGUCCGGUGGUGAAUUGCAGCGUGUCGCUAUUGUCUUGGCUCUAGGUAUGCCAGCUGAUAUCUACCUGAUUGACGAGCCCAGUGCCUACCUAGACUCUGAGCAACGUAUUGUUGCUGCUCGUGUCAUCAAGCGUUUCAUUAUGCACACCAAGAAGACCGCUUUCAUCGUCGAGCACGAUUUCAUCAUGGCCACCUACCUGGCUGAUCGUGUCAUUGUCUUCGACGGCCAGCCAUCCGUCAGCGCUCGUGCUCAGACGCCCGAGUCUCUGGUCGGUGGUUGCAACAGGUUCUUGAAGAGCUUGGAUGUCACUUUCCGUCGUGACCCCAUCAGUUACCGCCCUCGUAUCAACAAGUACAACAGUCAAAUGGACCAGGAGCAGAAGCUGGCCGGCAACUUCUACUUCUUGGAAGAAGAGAACUGA